UUUACGAAACUUUUUUAGUAGUUAAACCAUCAAAAUUUCAACGCCACUUCUCUCUCUCUCUCUCUUUCUCUCUCUCUGUUUCGCUGUUUCCCUCUCUCUUCAAAACCAAAAACCAGAACCUCCAGGUCUUCAUCUUCAUGGAGUAACUCUGAGAAGCAGAGCCAGCGUUCAUAGCAACCAGGGUUUUACCAUGUCGUCUGGCUCCACGAACGAGGCCUCCUCCGAGAUCCUCGACUUGAAUUCCGAAGCCGUUCCACUCGUCGAGGAGGAAGUUUCUGUGGUAAGGGUUGCAGAAUCCACAGUUGCUAUCACACUGUCUGUAGAUGAAAACCUAGUGGAGCAGGCCUUGGACACUCAGAGCCCUGCUCAGGGUACUAAUCCCGAAGGUGAAACAGCCGAGGCUGGGGUAUCUGGUGAAGGACGGAAUUUGCUUGAAACAUUUGCCCAAGGUUCUGAUGUUUGUGACGGCAGCACUGGUGCUCAUGGGGUCCGUGGAAGUUCUGAAGAAGAAGAAUCUGCUGAUGUUUGUUUGAUCAAAGAGAGUUCAGAAAGAGUGACCAAGAAAUCUGUAGAUGCGGGUGGUGAUGGGAAAUUUGGAGGUCAACCUGACGUGGCGCUAACGCUGAAACUUGGUGCUUCUGAUACCGAAGGACUGACAGACAGGGUUGAAGUUACCGAAGCUGAAAGUUCUAUGACGAUCACCGAGUUGACUUUCGAGGAAAUCCACGUUGCUUCUGGGGAGAGAGCUGUUGAAUUGGAAAAUUCGGAGGUUUUAAAUUCCAAAGGAGAUGUACCGGAGCCGAUGGAUUUGGAUGAGAAGCCAUAUUUUCCGGAGAAAAAUCAAGGCGUGGAGGUCGAGGGGGUGGGAGGAGGCACUGAAGCUAAUGAUGUCAGAGAUACGGAUCCUUCUGUAAGUCUUAGUUCUCCUUCAAAUUGCGUUCAUAAUACCACUUUAAACAUAGGUAAUAGUGACGUGAAUCCUUCUCAAGAUGGGAUACAAGAGCUAGUUGCCCAGAUAGCUAAAACACCUUCUGAUCAGGUAAUUAGGGAUCAGAGCAUGGAUUUACACCUCACCGAGGCAAAUGCAGACGAGGGGGCUGCUGUUACAGUAGAUACAAACCUGGCUACCGAGGCCAUUGAUGAAUCCAAAGAUGCAGUGCUGGACAAGAAUCAGGAGGCAGAUGUUCAAAUUGCAGGCGCUUGUGGUUAUCAUCAAGGGGACCAAAGGAUGGGCUCGCCUUCUCCUGAGCUUGGUGCUUCUCCGUUAGUGGAUAACCAAUCCAUGGGCUUUGACGUUGAAGCCAUUGCAGUAGGUGGGUGCAAUAAGCUGGAUGAGAAUCUAACUCAAUCUCAAUCUCAAUCUCAGCCUAUUGCCAGUGAUUCUGAUGCGGUUAAUUCAGUUGUAGAUUUGGGUAGCUGUCAUAGCACAGAUUUUGAAAAGAAGGUUGUAGAGGAGGUUUUGAAUGAAGAUGAACGAAUGGAGGUAAAAGAGAUUGAGGCUGAUGCUACUCAUCCUGGUGCUGAUGAAAACCUGAAGACUGUACGUGAGGUUUUGAAGGAAGAUGGAGGGAUUGCUGCUAAAGAGAUGGGAGACGAUGUUAGUAAUCCUGGGACAGAUGGAAACCAGAAGACUGUUGAUGAGGUUUUUGAGGAGGAGGAAGGAAGUAGGGUUAAAGAGAUGCUAGAUGAUGUUAACUGUCGGGACAGAGAUGGAGACCAGAAUACUGCUGAUGAAGUUUUCAAAGACGAUGAAGGAACUGGGGUUAAAGAGAUCGCAGACGAUGUCACACAUCUGGACAAAGACGUAGACAAGAUGACUGCUGAUAAGGUUGACUGGGAAGCUGAAGGAACUAAGGUUAGAGAGGUGGGGGAUGGUGUUACCUGUCUGGGCACAGAUGGAAACCUGAAGGCUGUUGAUGAGAUUUUCCGGAAAGAUGAAGGGACAGAGGUUAAGGAUGGGAACCAGAUGAUCCUCGAUGAUGCUUUGAGGGAGGGUGAAGAAACUGAGGCUAAAGAGAUCGGUACUGAUGUCACUCAUCCAAGCAGUGAUGGAGACCAGAGGAAUGUAGGAGAGGUUGUGAAGGAAGAUGAAGGACCCAGGGUUAAAGAGAGAGAAGAUGAUGCUAAAUGUUCUGUCUCUGACUGCUUAGAUGAGAACUUAACAAAAAAUGUCAGUAGGGUUGAUUCACAUGUAAACCAAAUGCUAGAAACGUCAGAACAGGUUACAACUACUUUGAAUCCUGGAACUGCAUCUGUAAAUGAUAAUCGGGUUUUUUAUGGCCUGCCAACAGAAGAAGGUGAUUUUUCUGUUUCUGAUCUAGUCUGGGGUAAGGUGAAGAGUCAUCCCUGGUGGCCUGGGCAGAUAUUCGAUCCUUCGGAUGCAUCAGAGCAGGCAAUGAAAUACCGUAAGAAGGACAGCCUUUUGGUUGCAUAUUUUGGGGAUAGAACAUUUGCUUGGAAUGAAGCAUCAUUGCUAAAGCCCUUUAGGGCUAAUUUCUCACAGAUGGAGAAGCAGACUAAUCUGGAGUCAUUUCGUAAAGCUGUCGAUUGUGCAUUGGAUGAAAUUGCGAGACGAGUAGAGCUGGGGCUGGCCUGCUCAUGCACAUUCGAAGAAGUCUAUGCAAAGACUGGAUCCCAAAUGAUUGAGAACCCUGGGAUCCGGGAAGAAUCAAGUAGGAGAAAGGGCAUGGACGAAUCCAUCAGUGUAAGUUCUUUUGAACCAGAGAUGCUUGUUGAGUAUAUCAGAGAAUUAGCACUGUUUCCAUAUGGUGGAGUUGAUAGGCUGGAACUUGUCAUAGCUCAGGUGCAAUUAUUGGCUGUCCAUCGUUCAAGGGGGUACUCUUGUUUGCCAACGUUCCAGUUGUGUGGCAGUUUGGUGGAGAAUGAAGCUGACAGUUUAAUCUUGGCAGAAAGCAAGCAUUCAAAAGCAAUUGUUGAUGAUUCUGCAGCUAUAUCUGAGAAUAAAGAUCAAGUACUAUCUGGGAAAGUUAAAUUUAAGAGUCGGGAUGGCUCUUUCCGUAAGCGUAAACACACCUCAGAGGAUGGUGGACAUCCUAUCAAAAAAGAAAGAAGCUUGUCAGAGUUGAUGGCUGGGAAAAAGGUUUUCUCAUCUGAUGAUGGAAAUGAGUCUGUUGAUGGGAAGCCAGUUUCAUCGUUGUUGGGAAAAAAGCGUAAAGCUGGUGAUUCCAUUCCUGAUGAUUCAGUGAUUCAAAAUAGGAAAAGAAGUAUUUCCUUAUCAGGAGCUGCUGAUGCUGACUCUGCUCAGCCCAAGCGAUCUUUCAAAGUUGGUGAAUCCAUUUGUAGAGUUGCAAGCCAACUGACUGGAUCCUCUCCAAUCCUUAAGUGUAGCGGUGAACGGCUCCGUAAAGUUGCAGUUAAGGUGGAUCAGAACAGAGAAAGUUCUACUUGGGAUGGUGAUGCUGCAUCUCCUAGAACUCCUGAACAAAGGAGAAAGAUAGUCCUUCCAACAGAGCACUCGUCCCCAGAAGAGAUGCUGUCCCAACUUUGCUUGGCUGCACGGGACCCAAUAAAAGGCUAUAGUUUCCUGACUACCAUAAUUAGUUUCUUCUCUGAAUUCAGAAAUUUUGUCUGCCUUGAUCAUGCAAGUUCUUGGAAGCACAAAAUGUCUUCAGAGAAAGUAGGUGGUAAAAAGAAAAAACCACCCAACUCUAACAUGGACUCCACUGAAUCGUAUAGUUUUGAGGAUAUGCAAGAUUCUUACUGGACUGACAGGAUUGUCCAAAUCGGCCCUGAAGAACAACCAUUGGACAAAUCCCAGAAGAAAAGAGGAAGGCCUAGGAAAAAGAUUUUUAUGCUGACCAAUGGAGCUGAUGAUUCUCAUCAGUGCAGUCCUGCAUUGGAUAUUGAGCAGCAAAAUCCUUAUCACAAUGCUGAACAGCCAGUAGAAAUUUCAGUGGGCAGUUUGGAUGCAAAUUCCAAGGACCCCAAUUCACCAGCGGCACUAAUAUUGAGCUUCCCGGAGUCUGAUGCAGAUUCUAUUCCUUCAGAAAAGAAUCUGAAUAUAAUAUUUAGACACUUUGGGCCUUUGAAGGAAUCUGAAACAGAAGUGCUGAAAACGACUAACUGUGCUAGAGUGGUGUUCAAGAGGCAUACUGAUGCAGAGGUAGCUCUCAGUAGUGCGGGGAAAUUCAGCAUUUUUGGACCAGUGCAUGUCAGCUACAGGUUGAUGUAUUGGCCACCAACAUCAGCUAAGGCUCCAUCCUUUGCUGCAACACAACUCAUAGAAUAUGUGGCACCACAAGGCAUAGAAGAUGUGGAAUCACAAGGCAUAGAGGAUAUGGCACCACAACUCAUAGUAGAUGUGGCACCACAAGGCAUAGAAGAUAUGGCACCACAAAGCAUAGAAGAUAUGGCACCAGAAGGCAUAGAAGAUAUGGAUAUGGCACCGCUACUCAUAGAAGAUGUGGCACCACAAGGCAUAGAAAAUGGGGAAUCACAAGGCAUAGAGGAUAUGGAUAUGGCACCACUACUUGUAGAAGAUGUUGCACCGCAAGGCAUAGUAGAUAUGGCACCACAAGGCAUAGAAGACGUGGAAUCACAAGGCAUAGAGGAUAUGGCACCACAAGGCAUAGAAGAUGUGGAAUCACAAGGCAUAGAGGAUAUGGCACCACAAGGCGUAGAAGAUAUGGAAUCAAAAGGCAUAGAUGAUAUGGCACCACAAGGCAUAGAGGAUAUGGCGUCACGAGGCAUAGAAGAUGUGGCACCACAAGGCAUAGAAGAUGGGGCAUCAGAAGGCAUAGAAGAUAUGGUACCUGCGGGAGGCAACGAAGAUAUGGCACCACAAGGCAUAGAAGAUAUGGCACCUGUGAGAGGCAGCACAUCUUGAUUUUAUUGUUGCAGAAAUGAUUUUGCUUGAAGGUUUCAGGUAUUCUCAUGUCUGGUGGAGACUCAAAAAUGGUGGUAGAUGCCAUGUAAUAUGUUGAAGCACCACUGAGGGUGGUUAAAUGAAGGGCUGCUGAAGGCGGUAACUAUACUGUUAGGAUCAUCUGUUUACCUGAGAUUUUUUCCCCAUGAGUUCUUUCUGUUUUGUAUUUCAAACAAAAUACUUGUUUUCAGCACACUCUUUGUUUUGGAAGGCUCAUGGGAUUCACUGUGAUUAAUGUAAAAUGGACAUUCUCGAUCUUGCCUGUAGAUCUGUUUUUAUGGAAUUUAGACCCCAAGGUUCUUAGUGGCUUAGAAUUCUUCCUCCCAAAUACUGGUUAUCAUCUGUGUUUGAUGCCCAUGUCUAUGAUGGAAAAGCUGUGGUUUUAUCCUUGAGUUGAUACUCUUAUUUUCAAUCAAA